AUGUCGACGAGUUUCAUUGAUCUUGAUUCAUUUAGAGAGGCAUCCAUUGAAGUCUUUAAAGCUUUUAGAGAUAAAUUGAAUGCUUCAUCAAGUACAGAUAUUGUUAUUACAUCUCCACCAAAAAUUCAAUAUUAUAUUACACAAUUGUUCACAUCCGUUAAAGGAAUCAUGUUCAAGCCACUUUCUACAAUCUUUAAUACAGAAAAUGCAUAUACUGUUAUCGCAAUUACAAAUUCUGAUCCAGAAAAUAUGGAAUUAAUCUGUACUAAGUUCCAGAAUGUUCCUAAACUAAGAAAAGCACUUCUAAUCAUUCCAAAAUUUACUGAGACCGCUAAAAUUGUGCUUGAAAAAUACAAAUUACAGAUAGUUUCCGAACCAUCCAAAUUUCAAUCGGCACAAGUCUAUGUUGGCGAGUUCCCUGCCGAUUUUAUUCCAGUAGAAAAUGAUUUCUUCCUCAUGCCAUGCAACAAUGCUUUCAAGAAACUCUUCCUUUUCCAUGAAACAACAGAUCUCUACAACUCUUCACGUGCUUUAGCAAAAAUUCAAUAUGUCUACGGUCGAAUACCACAUGUUAUAACGGUUGGAGAAACUGCUGAACGAGUUCAACGUUUAAUGGAAGGAAUGUUGGACCAAACUGAGACAAAGAAGACAGAUUCACCAGAUAUACAUUCAUUGCUUAUAUUUGAUCGUACUGCCGAUUUAAUUACACCUCUAUCUUUAGCACAACCCAUAGAACAACUAUAUUAUGAUUAUUUUGGCAUGAAAUACGGUCUGAUGACCAAAUCCAAUGAAUCGAACAUCACUAUUGCUAUGAAUGAUAAAGAUAUAAUCUACAAAGAAUACAGACAUAAAGACUUAAACUCAGGAUUACAAUAUAUCUCAAGUCUUAAGAACCAAGCACGAAUUGGAGGUGACGAGGCCAAGGAAUUCAAUAGUAAGAAAGAGAUAUUUACAAGAAAUAACGAUAUUUUCAAUCGUUUACUUGUUGAAAUUGAUCAUAACAUAUUUUUGAAGAGUUGCAACUGUUUCUAUCAUAUGUUCGAACACUCCGUUAAUGCAGAAUUGUUUGCUGAACGUCUUGUCUCGAUUUAUGGUGAUUGGAAGGCAGCUUUGAGAAUUUUAAUAAUUGAUUCGUUGUUUUGCUACAAGAGAGGACUUACAAAGAUAUAUCCGUCAAUACAGAAUGAAGUGCUGGCCGAAUUUGGCAGCAAAGCCUUAGAAGGACUGAUGAAUUUGGAUAUAUUGAAAUUAAUUUCUUCUGAAAACUUCGGCUGGGACUUCGAUUCGAUUGUAAAUAAGCUAAAUUUGUUCUGCGAAGAGCCGCAAACUGAUCUUUCCAUUGCAACUUUCGGAUUUACUCCGAUAUCUACUGGAAUUUGCGAGAAAAUCGCUACAAACACCAUUAGUGAUGUUCAGUAUUUAUUCCCUAAUACAGUUACCGGCGCAAAAAUGAAUAUUUCUGGUGAAAAUGUCGAAAUUGAUGAAACUGAACACAGAAGAAUCCUUGUUUUCUUUGUUGGAGGAGUCACACAGACAGAAGUGUCCUUCCUCAAGGAGAUGGAAGUUGCAAAAUUCGACGGAAAGGUUCAAUUUAUAAUCGGAAGUACAGAUUCAAUCGGUGGCAAUGAAUUGAUUGAAGAAUUAUGCCCAUUCUUGAAGCAGUAG